AUGGCUACCUCCAGAUUCCACAUGACCUGCGCUCUCCUCCUAAUUGGAGUUGUUGAAGGUGCUGUGCUGCUCGGGCAGGAGCAGACCGGCACCGAGGCCGUCGUGUGCCCUCUCUACUGCCUGCAAGUGGACUACAUGACCUGCCCGUCCUCCGGCUCCGAGAAGCUCCCGGCCAAGUGCAACUGCUGCCUGGCGCGGGCGCCCAAAGGCUGCACGCUCCAUCUCUCCGACGGGACGCAGCAGACUUGCUCUUAG